AUUUCUAUUAUAAACGUUUUAUAUGGAGUGACGUUUCUCAAGGCAGUGUUAUAAAAUCAUUAAUUUCGCUCAUGCUCCGUGCGUACGGAUGCUGCGUCUCGUCACUCAAUCCCAUAGUCAAGUAUAAAACUAUCUCACAAAGUGCGCGAAUUAUGCCAUCCUCUUAAACUCAACAACAUAAACUGUUUUAUCCGCUUUAAAUUUUAUUCUUCUUACUUAUAAUCCUUUUCGUUUACACAUGACGCGACAUAAUGAUAUAUACAGUGAAAAGGUUCCGCACGCGGAUAAAUACAAAGGUUUAUUAUUGCUUACGAUGUGGUGCAAAAACGGCGACGUUCUUAUUUUGGGCGACUCUAUACGUGGUAGUCAUGAAGAUGACGAUUCUGAAGGGCAAUGGGAACGCUCCAGCAAAAGAUUUGGCAUUAGAACCUGACAAUUAUACUAAGUGGCUGUUACAGGGACCAGUUAUAGGAGACGACGAAGCGGAUGUUGAUGGAUCUAGCAAUGAGUGGAAAGAACCAGAUAACGCAACUAUAAUUGAGUUUGAGAAUCGGUCUUUAAGGGUCCAAGAAGCUUGUCACCGAUAUUCACUACAAUCGCAACCCAUAAAUAAUAAAGAAUUUUUCGUAGACCACGCGCAUAACCUCGUGUGGUGCAAUAUAUUUAAAGCUGCCAGUUCAUCUUGGUUGUAUAAAUUUAAUAUUUUAGCGGGAUAUGAUAAGAAGUUCUUAUCUCGAAGCAGAUAUACGCCUCUAACAUUAGCGCGGCGAAAGUUUCCCAGGCCUAGUGAGGAAGAACUGCUUGAUGCGAUAAAUACACCGGGUGUGAUAUCGCUCUUAGUGGUGCGCGAACCAUUCGUGAGACUACUGUCUGCGUACAGGGAUAAAUUAGAAAAUAUUACACCUCCGUUUUAUAGGAAAUUGGCGAAAGCGAUUGUAGCGGAGCAUAGAGAUGCGGCGACCAAAAUAUUAGGGACAAUCAAGAGUUAUGGACCUACAUUUUAUGAGUUCGUUGCACAUCUAAUUUCGAAACAUAAAAGUAAAACUUUAAAUUUCGAUGAGCACUGGGCACCUUAUUAUAGUUUUUGUUCACCGUGCGCGGUCAACUUUACUGUUAUUUCUAAAGUGGAAACGUUGUCGAGAGACUCGGCGUAUGUUAUUCAACAGCUCGGGCUUGGCCACCUGUUGGGUCGCAGGGUACAAGAUCGAAGAACUCGUCUUCGCACUGUAAUGAAUAAAUCACGCGACGGCAAAAAUACUUCAGCGUUGUUAAAAUAUUAUUUCGGGCAAAUUGAUAAACAUAUGCUCGAUGAUUUGUUAAAAAUUUAUGGCAUCGACUUUGAUAUGUUCGGUUAUGAUUCAGAUGUUUAUUAUAGAUAUGUAAGAAAAUAAAUAUAAUUAAAUUAUUA